AUGCCUUUCAUUUUUGGGCAGCGUCCCUACUACACAAUGUCCCGGCCCCUCCUGGAAAGUCACACAGGAGCCGAGGGGGAAAGACCCAGGUGUCACCCCGGGGCCAUGGCAGGCAAGCCGCUAGCACUGUCCCAGGAGGCUCUGGCCCAGUUCAACCAGGCGGUAGCGUCAGAGAACCCGGAGGCCGCACGCCUGAGGGCGGGCUCGCUGUCCACCCGCCGCAGCUCUCACUCGGUGGACAACCCGCCCAGGCCCCUGAUGCGGCUGAAGAGCAUAGAGGAGGGGAAGCCGCCCUCCCUGCACUCCCGGAGGAGCUCCGUCAUGAGCAUCACCAACGCCCCCUUCACCAGCCGAAGAAACUCUGUCUCCAUGGCAAUGGGAGGGAGGCGCCUCUCCAUCGGCCCCUGGAUGCACAGCGGGCGGGUGAGUUUCUCGGGGCUCCCCCUCUUCCAGCCCAUCCGGGAGACGCAGUAUGAGAACACCUACAAGACCCGGCCAGACGAAGGCUGCAAGUUCGACGCCUGCCGGGCCCAGCGGGCACUGGAGUCUAUCCUCGCCAGUUACCUGGGGGAUGCCAAGUACAACCCGGUGACGAGCGGGCAGCUGGCCCAGAGCCUGUCUGAGCUCAUCCGCAGCCGCCUGAAGGACCUCACCCCGCCCCGCUACAAGCUGGUCUGUAACGUCUUCCUGGGCCAGCAGGACCAGCAGAGCCUGCAGGUGGCCAGCCGCUGCCUCUGGGACCCGGAGAAUGACAGCGUCGCCUCCGCCACCUUCGUCAACGCCUCCCUCUUCGCCGUGGCCACGGUGCACGGGCUGUACUUCGAGUAG